AUGGAUCUCGGCGUUGUCAUGGCAUCUUCGCCCGCCGCGGCGCGUGAUAUCAAAGCGCUCAGACAGUACCUGCGAAGGGAAUUCAACACCGAAAAACUAGACGGUCUCGACAAGGUGCAAUUCUUACCGGCACGUCAGGGGAGCGGCAACGUGGAGAAGAAGAUCCUCAUCGGUACCUGGGGUAAAUGGAGCAUCUACGCAGCCUAUAGAUACACACUGGAAGGUGGUCGGACUGGCAAGCGGCUGACAUUUCUCGCUGAAGACAAGGACAGCCAGAUGGACUGCCACGCGAGGGUGCUGCGGGAUUAUGUGACUUAUGUUGAGCCUUUCUCGCAUUUGGUUCCACUGGAUAGGAGACCCGGAGAUUGGUUCAAGGGUAUCCAGCAGUCACUUGGUCGGUACAUCGAGGCUUGCUUCGUUCUGAAAGGCCUGACCGUUGGCACCAGUGUGGAGACCGACAAGAUUUGCCGCUGGUUGGGCGUCGCAGUGACCCAUAUUAGGGAAGCUCAGCAUGCAGCUGUUGGAUUUGAAGCUGGACAUAAAAUCUCCAACGUUGCCACAACCAAAAACGAACGCCUUGACACUGUCGUGGAAGAAGGCCCCACGUCCACCACCGAGGAGCACGAGGAGUACUCCGCGUUCGACUGGAGUGAUAUUCCCUGCGACGCUGAGAAGAAACUUUUCGAGUCGAUCACCGCACCUUUCGAUCUGCUGAAGAGUUCUCGAAAACAGAUCAAAUACCAUUUGGAGUGUCUGGGCCGUAGACACAACAAGGUCGAGAACAAAACCAUUCACUUCAAGGCUGCUGUGUCCAAUUGCGAGGACAAAGCGAACGACCUUGUGAACAAAUCGACCGUGCAUCAAAACCAAUUGAACGAGCACCAACGCAAGUAUCAUGAAAUGGAGCUCCGGAUCAGGGUUAAUCAGCAUAGGCUGAAGAGGUGUGGUGAACAUAUCGCAAUUCACGAAGCAGAGUAG